AUGGCGGACAUUCAGACUGAGCGUGCCUACCAAAAGCAGCCUACCAUCUUUCAAAACAAGAAGAGGGUCCUGCUGGGAGGAACUGGCAAGAAGCUCCCGCGGUACUAUAAGAAGAUAGGUCUGGGCUUCAAGACACCCAAAGAGGCUAUUGAGGGCACCUACAUUGACAAGAAAUGCCCCUUCACUGGUAAUGUCUCCAUUGAAGGGCGGAUACUCUCUGGUGUGGUGACCAAGAUGAAGAUGCAGGGGACCAUUGUCAUCUGCCGAGACUACCUCCACUACAUCCGCAAGUACAACCACUUCGAGAAGGGCCACAAGAACAUAUCUGUGCACCUGUCCCCCUGCUUCAGGGACGUCCAGAUUGGUGACAUCGUAACAGUGGACAAGUGCCGGCUGCUGAGCAAGACAGUGCACUUCAACGUGCUCAAGGUCACCAAGGCUGCUGGCACCAAGAAGCAGUUCCAGAAGUUCUGAGGCUGGACAU